AUGACCAUCGACAUUACCUCGUUGGACGCGCACGAGCAGCCGUCCGAGUACCUGCGCAGCAAAUGGAAGAUGUACGCCAAGUCGACGGUCGCCGCCAUCGAGGCGAGCAAGGACAUUGACGAGAUUCCGGCUGGGGAUGAAGGGGCACAGGGUGGCCGGCCGUCCUUCCGUCCGGUGAGCACGCUCCCGGCCACACGUAUCAAGGCAGCCUUUGCUGCGUUUCUGGCCGACAAGAGUCCCGUCGACGGCGACCUGGAGGACGAGGAAGAGGAGGACGGCAAGAACGGAGAAUCCAAUGCCGACUAUCCUGUGUACGCCCACCCUCUCCUCCCCGGCCUCCUGAUUGUUCCGAAGCUCGUGCCCCUGCGCGUGCAGAAACGCCUGCUGGACCGCAUGGUGCACCGCGACCUCGCCGACCAGCGCCACCAGACCAACAUGCACCUCCACUACGAGCUGCCCUACCCGGCGGACGGGGCGUCCUUUUUCACAUACUCACCACCGGCCAACGCACACAGCAUCGAUGUUUUGCAGGGACCGGGCACGUUCCCACCCAAAGACCCGUCGGUGCACCGGCCGCUGUCGAUCCAGCAGGUGCUGGACAAGCGGCUGCACUGGGUGACGCUGGGCGGACAGUACGACUGGACCAACCGGGUGUACCCAGAGAAGGCGGGCGGAGACGACCUGGAGCAGGUGCCCAGCUUUCCGCCAGACCUGAUCGAGCUGCUGGCGGGCCUGUUCCCCGAGACCGACGCGCAGGCAGCGAUUGUCAACUUUUACACGCCGGGCGACACGAUGAUGAUCCACCGGGAUGUUUCGGAAGAAACCGACAAGGGCCUGAUCAGCCUGAGCAUGGGCUGCGACGCGCUGUUCAUGGCGGCACCGACGGCCGAAUUCGAAGAGGGUAAACGCGGCCCGGCCGAGCAGGGCACGGACAAGGAGCCGUACGUGCUCAUCCGGAUACGGUCGGGCGACGCGGUCUACAUGUCGGGCCACGCACGGUUUGCAUGGCACGGCGUGCCGAAGGUUCUCAAGGGCACGUGCCCCGACGAGCUGGCCGCGUGGCCGGCUGGCGAGCACGCGGACGAGCGAUACGAGGCGUGGCGCGGCUGGAUGCGCAACAAGCGUGUCAAUUUGAACGUGCGCCAGAUGCGGGACUGA